CGGAAUUCCUCGUCCAGACAGCCUCGUUUCAUGAAUGAAACAAGCAAUUAAAGCGUUGUGUCGAGGCGGAAGAGCAUCCGCGCAUCGAAAUAUGACGGAAUCGAGAAGGAAAUCGCCCGACGUCGCUGGCAACACGGUAACUUUUUUACUGACCAAACAGGCAGAACAUCUUGUGGAUAGCCGUCAUGUCAAGGUCGUCGUUGUCGGUAGUGCACCCAAAGGCGUUGCGGUCGCUAUAGCGAUUUUAUUCAAGCGUCUUGCCUCCGAGCUCGUCCUCAUAGACGUGAACGAGGAUCUCGCCAAGGCGGAAGCAGAAGACAUCAGCCACGCGGCGGCGUAUCUCGGCAAUCCGAGGAUUAUUGGUACCAAAGACUACGCUUGCGCCAGAGAUGCCGCGGUAUGCGUGAUCACAGUUGGAAGCCAGUCGCAGGAGGAUCAGCAAUCAGCUGAUUAUCUAGAGCAUAAUCUGAAAAUUUUCAAGGACAUUAUUCCGAACGUCUGCAAGUACGCACCGAACAGUGUUCUUCUCAUUCUUUCGAAACCAGUCGACAUCCUAUCGUACGUUGCUAUGAAACUGUCGGGAUUUCCACCCAAUCGUGUUAUAGGACUAGGAACGUUUUUGGAUAGUUGUAGAUUUCAGUAUUUCAUCGCGCAGAAGCUCGGAAUUUCGGCGAGUACGAUUCAAGCGUUAAUCAUUGGCGAAAGCGGACCGACUUCUGUGCCGGUUUGGUCCGCCGUUGCGGUAAUGGGCAUGCCUUUAAAGGACAUAAAUAAAGAAAUCGGUACGAAAUCGGAUCCAGAAUCCUGGAGUGAUUUGCACACGAAAGUGAUCGACACCGAUAAAGAAUUGAUCAAUAAAAAAGGCUAUCACAGCUGGGCAGUCGGUAUCUGUGCAGGCGAAAUUGUCGACGCUAUCGUGCGCAAUACUUGCGCCUGUUUCACCGUUUCGACAUUCAUCAAGGGUUGCCGACACGGACUAGAGAAAGAUAUCUUUAUGUCACUACCAUGUGUGGUAGGGAGAAACGGCGUACAGUCAUUUAUUCGUUUGUCGUAUACGCCCAAGGAGCAAGAGUUGAUGACGAUAUCUUGUCAAAGAAUUUAUGAGGCGCAGAAAUCGAUCCUCGACAAGAUUGAAUGAGCAAAAAGCGCAACUAAACUGUAUAUCGUAUAAUCUUAUAACUACAAUAUUUCAUUUAAUCUAAAGUACUCUCAAUAUAUUCUCAACAAUUAAUGAGAAAUUUGUACUAAUUUUAUGUUCGAAAGAAGUAAAGUAGCCUAGAAAUUUACAUAUAUUUUUUUAAUUUACUAAUUAUUCAUUCCGUAAGUACGAAAAGAAUUAUCAACUACACCGUGGAUUGUUUUAUGUGCCGAUUUUCAUCAGUUAAAAAAAUUUCGGACAGCGUAAUGGUCCUGUGAUAAAAAGAAUUUUAUCUCUUACUAUAUGACUUAUCCAGUCAAGUCAGAAAAUUAAAAAAGAGAAAUCUGCAUUUGUUUUACAGAAUGGUUUGGUUUUGUUGCGCGAUCUGAUGAAUAGGGAGCACUAUAAAUUGCGGGGCGUACUCUGAGAAUUUCGGUCCCAAUUUGCAAAGAUUAAUACGGACUACUCGUAAUUAAUUGCUUUGCGUAUGGAGCAGUUAACCAUCCCGCUAAAGGCGAUCGAGAUGAUAAAACGAUUGCUAUUAUAAAUAUAAAGAGAGGCGGUUUGGCGGUCCUAGUGGUCAGAGAUACACCAAUUUGUUACAAAAUUCGCGUAUGCCAAUGUCACGUUUUUUAUCUUUGUCAUCCUUUACAUUAAUUAAGACGUUUGUUUGCCAUCCGAUGUUACAUUGUCGGAGUAACGAGGUAUCUUCAAUGUGCAUGAGAUCGAGUGUAUUAAUUGGCGGCAAAAUAAUUGAUCCGAUAAUUGUGAAUAUUUCAGAUUAUACAAGCUUCUCCUUACAUAAAAGCGUUUCGUUAUGUCUUCUUUUCUAAAGUAAUAUUUUUUGUAAUUAUAUUGUGCUCUCUACAUUCAUUAUAUCCGAAUAUUUGAGUUAAGAUUUACAUAAGAUACUAAAUUAAGUAUUUCGUUAAGAUUUGCACUUCAUGAAUACAAAUUGUGCAUCUAAAAUAAUCUUUGGCUGUUAAAUUGCCAGUUAAAUUGCUUCAAAGUUAAGUGUAUUGAUAAUUUUUUAUGGCAGAUGUAAAACCAGGCAGU